AUCGACGUCAUUUGAUGCGGCUCUACGUGCAUUACGAGCCGUCGGACGAGGCACUGGCGUGGACCAAGCGGCUCAAUUUGCCUCCAGUGGACGAAGCCAGUGCGUGCCCAUCCGUGCGAUCAGUGCUGCGCUGCUUCUUCACUGCAUACAACGCGAAGUUCCGCUCAAAACUCCCACCCGAGCCGGAAAAUGUCGACGUUUACGUGGAAUAUCAUCAAAACGCAGCUUCUCGUCGUCUGUUACAGUCGCUAGACGUAUCAGUAGCUCAGAUUGGCAGCUCCGGAGGCUGCACUGACAAAAUUCUGCUCAGGAGCGGGAAAACGUGCGAUUUCGAGCUGGUGGUGGUCCCCAAAGAGCCUCAAAGGAAAGUGCUGGGCCCUGAGCCUCCACAAGCGCUUAGGACUAAGAUAAAGUGCUUACCCCGCUCAGAAUCAAGUGAGGAAGACGAUCGGGAUCCCAAGCUUCGUCGAGUUUUGGAGCUGGCCGCCACGUACAUGAAGCAGCGGAAAUUCAGAGCUGCCAGGGACAUUUAUACUGAUGUGGUAAUGGAAAAGCAUCCGCUCAACGCCGAAGCUUUAGUAGCACUUGGGGAAAUUCUAAUGGCCAAUGGGAAGCACGGAGAAGCGGCGGAAAACUACUUUUUGAAGUGGUGGAAGGCGCAUGGAGGCGACACAUGUGCGUGGAAAGCGCAUGCCGAAGUGGCAUUUACGGCCGGACUGAGACUUGCGGAGUGUUACGUUGAACUGGGGACGUUUAAUGAGGCCGUGAGGGUUCUGGACGAAGUGCAGACGUUUCUACGCUGGAACAGUGUGACUAAUAGUGGAGAAUCCAAGCGUAAAGUCUUUUUUCCUGACGCCGACGAACGGUUGUUAAUGGAGGAGCAGAUGGAUGUGCUGAAAGCUCGAGCUCUGUACGAUACAAAAAGUUUCGAGAACCAAGAGACAGCCAUCUCGCUUAUCAUGCACUUGUUACCGGAUCUGACAGCUCCUACGUUGAACCUAGACGCGCUGCUGCUGUACGCUGGCAUGGCUCAUGAUCGUGGCAAGAAGAGUGAAGCUCUAAGUAUGGCGCUACGUGUGUUGGUGGGCAAAUCAAACGAUCGAGCUGUCAAGAGAACGUUUGUUUCGUUUCUAAAGGACUCUGGUUGGAUGGAGCGUCUGAAAAGUGCUGUUCCUCCCUGUGGUCCCUCAGCAGCUGCUGCUUAUGCGUUUAUAGCCACAAUUCUAAAAGACUUUGGCGCUGUGGAGAAGGCGAUUUUGUGUUUCCAACUGGCUCAAGACAGUGAUCCGCUCAACGCCUCGUACGCACUUAACCAUGCACAUGCGCUAGAGGCCUGUUGUCGAUAUACCGAAGCGUUUCAUGUGUUGACUACGUUCUUUCGCAAGAAUUGCACCCUCAACAUCGGAACUGGUGGCGAUGAGACGCCUAAAUUGAUGGCUGGGUCAUUCGUUGAAAUCCUCGAUCGGGCGAAGGCGUGGGAGGGCGAACACAACAGCAAGCAAGCAGCUGACAUGCCUAAUAACAUCAAGGAGGGUCGGUGGCGCGUCGAGUGGAUUUCUGGCGAUGAGGGCUACGCGAAAGUGACUCCGCCAGCUUCCGAAUCCAAGUUGCCCAUGGGAAACGUGAAAGUUGCACCGCUAAACCUUCAGACAGUACAAGCUAACAAGAAGACGUCGGCGACUUUAUCGGAUGCAGAGCUGGAUCUCCUCGCUUGUUUUUUUACGAUCGUCAAAAUACUCUUCAUCAACGGUCGAUUGUUGGUGCUGCCAGCUCUGAUUCGUGUACUUGAACCACUUCGUCUGGGGCGUGAGUUGCACCGAACAACGAUUCGCAAUGAGCAAGCUUACUAUGCGUGUAUCGCUCAACUGCUCUCGGUCAAGAAGACGCUGGUGAUGUCGCCUCCAGCGUCCCCAGACGCUUCCAUCGAUGCGAUAUAUGUCUGUGGCGACUCGCACACUCUGGCCACCGCAUGGCGCGAAAUCAACGUGGAGGAUCGGUCGAUUCUGUUCCGACCGGCGCUUGUGACUGGUCUCAAGCAUUGGCAUCUUCGCAAGGAAUCGACUUUCUACCCGAAACUGAAUUUCUGGCGUGUCCUUGCGAACAUCCCGAACAGAUCCCGAGUCAUCUUUUUAUUUGGUGAAAUCGACUGCCGCGUGGGGAUCUUGGAGGCUGUCGAGAAGUGCAAAUACGAGACGAUCGAGGAAGGCAUGAAACACACGAUCGACAUCUUCAUGGACGUUCUUUCUGACGUAGUGGAGAAAUACGCGUUUGAUGUGUACAUCCAUCCAGUCGUACCAGUGCUGGACGAGACACGCUUGUUGGUAAUCCAGUACAACAAGCUCUUUGAGAAACGUGUUGUCAAGAGCUCCAUCUGCAAGUAA